UUUCUCACUCAUUAAUAAACUCUCACUAAUCUGUCUCUUUCUCUCUCUCUCUCUCACACACACACACACACUCUCUCUCAUUCAUAAACCCUAGGAUUAACUGAAUUAGCAAUCAAAAGAAGAUCAUACAUUUCGCAAUUAAUCAAAUGCAAGAGAUUUUAGGAUCAGUCCGGCGAUCAUUGGUGUUCCGGUCUCCGACAAGCGCCGGAGACGGCGGUGAAGAUGGGACUAUAGUAGACAGGAUUAAUUCCUGCCUCCGUAAGUCUAGAGUAUUCUCUAAACCCUCGCCUCCGCGGCUGCCACCACAGACGAUGACGGCUGGAGAAAAUGCUGCUGCGGUGCAGUCCAUCCGGUGGCGGAAAGGAGAGUUGAUCGGUUGCGGCGCAUUUGGACAAGUGUAUAUGGGGAUGAAUCUUGAUUCAGGGGAGCUUCUUGCUGUUAAACAGGUUUUGAUCCCUGCAAAUAGUGCUUCAAAGGAGAAAGCACAGGUUUAUGUUCGGGAGCUUGAGGAAGAAGUUAAGCUUCUCAAGAACCUUUCCCAUCCAAACAUUGUGAGAUAUUUGGGAACUGUAAGAGAGGAGGAGACUUUAAAUAUUUUAUUGGAAUUCGUACCUGGAGGCUCAAUCUCUUCACUUCUGGGGAAAUUCGGAUCAUUUCCAGAGUCGGUUAUAAGAAUGUAUACAAAACAAUUGCUGCUGGGACUGGAUUAUCUUCACAAGAAUGGCAUUAUGCACAGGGAUAUCAAGGGGGCUAAUAUUCUGGUAGACAAUAAGGGAUGCAUUAAACUUGCAGAUUUUGGGGCAUCCAAACAGGUUGUGGAGUUGGCUACUGUUUCAGGUGCCAAGUCUAUGAAGGGUACACCAUAUUGGAUGGCUCCUGAAGUCAUUCGUCAAACUGGACAUAGAUUCUCUGCUGACAUAUGGAGUGUUGGAUGUACUGUAAUCGAGAUGGCAACUGGUAAAACUCCUUGGAGCCAGCAAUAUAAAGAGGUUGCUGCAUUCUUGUUCUAUAUUGGGACAACCAAGGAGCAUCCUCCAAUUCCCGAAUUUCUCUCGGCUGAGGCAAAAGAUUUCUUGUUGAAAUGUUUAGAGAAGGAACCAGAGUUAAGGCCAUCGGCAUCUGAGUUACUGCAGCAUCCAUUUGUCACUGGUGAAAUCUUGCUGCCUUCAGUUGCUACUAGUACUUCAGUUAUGAAAAAUUCUGAACCUCUAUACUCAUGUGGGGAGAAUCUCGGGGAUACAGCUGGCUCAGAUGACGUCUGUAAUUUGGGAUCUCUAGACUUCUCUACUAUAAAUUGCCAGAAAUUUUCAGAAGGUGGGCAUAGUUUGGGCCAAAACAGGAUUAGUAAUGAAAUUUGCCAGAUUGAUGAGAAAGAUAAUCUAGUGGUGGGUAAAGCACAUUUCAGUGAUAUUAUGAUCACAGAUGAAUCUUGUAAGAGUUUUAAUCCUAUUUGUGAGCCCUGUGAAGAUUGGACAACCAACUAUGAUGCUAGUCCUGAAGUGGAAAAAAGCAGUAUAAAAUUGGACAUGAAGCAAGAAGUUGAUAGACCUAUUGGGUGUUCUCCAUCGCCCAGAGAGAGCAAAAACGUUUUCUCAUUUUGUAGUGCACCAUCAGUGGAUGAGGAUGACGAUGAGGUUACUGAAUCUAAAAUCCGAGCCUUCUUAGUUGAGAAGGCUCUGGAACUAAAAAAACUGCAGAGUCCUCUUCUUGCAGAGUACCACAACAGUUUCAAUCCCUUAUGCUCUCCAAAUUUAUCUGAUGCCAAGGGAGAUGAAAGUGCUUCAAAGUUCUUGAAGUUGCCUCCUAAAAGUAGGUCUCCCAGUCGAACUCCAUCAACAGCAGUAGAGAGCGCUACUGAUGCAAGCCCUGGCAGUAGUAGUAGGCGUGUGUCACAUAUUGGAGUUCGGAAUAAUGAAGACCAUCAGCAAAAUUUAUCACCUCAGACAAAUGAUUUGAAUGGGAACCUUGCUGAUACCCAGGAGCCAUGUAGCCCAAACGUCAUGGAGAUACAACGGAAGUGGAAGGAAGAGCUUGACCAAGAGCUUGAAAGGAAACGGGAGAUGAUGCGUCAAGCUGGUAUGGGAGGAAAAACAUCUUCACCGAAGGAUCGAGCCUUAAAUCGACCGAGAGAGCGGUCAAGGUUUGCAUCUCCAGGCAAAUAAUUGUAUGAAUGUCUGUCUGCUCUCAUUUUGAAGAGGUUUUUUUUUUCCUUCCGAGCCUUUUUAUGCACCUUGGAAAGAUUAAUCAUCAUGCUAGAAGCCGGCCUUUUUGAACGUUUUUAUACUUUCCUGAGCAUUUUGUCAACGUCCUGAUGGAUUUCUUGGCAUGCAUGCUUUCAAGCGCUGUCGAAAAUGCAAGAGUGUAUUGUUAGACAGCACAGGAAAGAAGCUUCUCUGAAGGUGUUGGAUGCAAGUACAUAAGGUUCCAUCGUGCCUCCUCGCCCUCUUUCUCUUAUCGAGCAACAGGGUUACUAAGUCUUGAUAUGGGUUUUUGGGUUGUGUGAUUAGUGUACAAAGCUUGUAUUACUCAUGUACAAUAAUAAGGAUUAACCUGGCAUCAUAUAGUUGCCACAAGAUAACCAAUCCCACUUUCCUGUAAUCUGUGCUUGUAUCUCUGGUUUAUGAAGGACUCUGAGUGCAGUUUUACUUAGUCUGAUAACUGAUGGGCUGUUCUCAGAGUAUCUUAAUCCUAUAUUCUAAAACGAAGAUUGACUUGUAUACGUGGAAAGAGAAAUUACAAUUUUAA